GUAAUGACACUGUUCAGAGGGCAUACCACAGGGGGUAUUGGGAUGAGCCUAGCCAACAAUAAAACCAUAAACGGAUCGAAUACUUAAGUACAUUGUAGAACUUACUAAAGCCUUCAGUACGAGUGCAUGCUCUCGAGUCUGAACUUCGAAGUACGGCAUCAUUAACAAGAGUUACGAAGCAUAAUACCAAAAUUCAAUCGAGUUAUGUUUUUUUCCCAAGCAAAGCUCGCGAAGGAAUAAUAUUAUAAGGAACGUGGACUUCGACAUAAUAAAAAUAUGAUCAUGAUCACGAGGAACUGAUCAGAGGUGAAAGAUACAUGUAGCCGAGACUAUGGCUCAGAAGGUAGCUAGACGUAGCGGCCGCUUGGAGUCGAGGGGUGGCCGGAACGGGGAGAUAGGCAUCUCACUGGGAAACCCGGGUGAGGAACGGCGAUUGGCUGCUACCCUCAGGAAGAUCGACCGGGAGAAGAGGAAACGGGAAACGGCGAUGUCGUGGAACCAGCGAAAUUUCUUCAUGAAGCAGGUGUUUGACCAGGACAAUGAUCUUCGUUUUGUAAAAGCUGCACAGAGACCUAAGUAUCUCAAUUGCAUCCCUCCUCCUCCUCGGGAUGGGGACAACAGUUGGCUAAAAGAGGAAUACGUAUUUUCAUUUAAACCAAAGUCGAGUACGAGCCCAGAGAGCAAGGACUUCAAACAAGGGACUUCUGACGAAAAGUCUCUUGAUGAAUCGCUAAAGACAAUGGGGCUCGAAGACGAACCCUCAUCAGCAGAUCAAGUUCCACAGGGGGACGAAUCUAAAACGGAUGUACAGGAAACAACGAUGACAGCAUCUAAAGAAAGCGAGCAAGCUGAGCGUGAUAGAAAGGAGGAAGAAAAGCGAGACCUGGCAAGCAGGGGAGUCUUUGGAUCCAGGAGAGAAAAGGUUAAGAUGCCACCAUUAAUGUCAGGUGCUUGGAAACAGAAACUAGAAUCUGAGAUGAAAGUUGAAGAAGUGGUGGAAGAAGACAAGGGAGAGGAGAGCAAGGCAACCAGUAAUCUUGAACCGGAAGUACAGAAGAGUGAUGUCGAAGAUGCUGAUCCCUUGAAUAAUGCGAAACCGAACGCUGGAGGUUCUGCUGAAACGGUAAAACCGAAAACAAGGUUUCCUGUUCUAAAAGUAAGAGCACUUGGCCUUUUUGCUAUGUCGUUCAAAAAAACUCCCGCGGUUCAAUCUCUUGCUUCGCAACUUCCAGUGGAGUCUCCGUCAACAAGUGACUUGAAACUAUCUCCGAUCUCAAGUCCUGAGAGAGAUGCCUCAGUCUUAACCGCAUCUUUGCCGCCCCAAGCUGCACCUAACGUGAAAGUGAAAGGAAAGUCGCCUCCACCGACAGUACCAGCUUUGUCGGAAAUGCACCGCCCAGCAAGUGUUAGCCUUCCAAACUCACCCGUCACUGACAGAAAGCCGCAGUUAAUUCGGCAGCAGAGUGACCACUCAGUUCUGGUGUCAGCACCUACACGGGAUAAAUUGAUAACAGCAAUUCAGGCAAGCGAGAAAGGUCACAGCCGGUCAAGGCGCGGUUCACGCCGCGACAGUACCGCUAAUCCAAAUCAAGAACGUUCAAAACGUCAUCGACAUGAAAAUGGCAUUAAACCCGUUAAAUCCGCCAGUUCAACCUUGCCAAAGAAAACGCGCGAAAGUACAGCGAAGACCCAUUCAUCUUCCUCUCUACCGAAAACGGACAAUCAGGACAGUAGUCACAUCUGGGGUGGGAGCGGCGAAAACGAAACCCAGGAAAAGGACAACAAAGACAAUGCCCGAAAGAAUUGUGACGUCAACGAUGAGGAGGAGGUUGACUAUCACGUGAUUCGCCGUAUUGUUAGGACGCUUCCGGCGCACCUGAUGCUGAAAACGUCAAAGAGGGAAGUUGAAGCUGGCGGCGACGUUGCUCUGUUGCGUCAAAAAAUGAAGGAUCUCGCUCGAGCGGAGGCAACAAAGAGAGCUUCACUGGAUCCUCGAUUCAAGCAGCUUGAAAAGUCGCUCAUUAAUAGUCCCAAUGAUAAUAUGAAGUAACUGAUGAUGCUACUGGUUACGAACAUGGGUGUUUUCAAGGGGCAUGUUCUCCCUAUUUUGCUUUAAAAAACCCCGGGGAAGUUACUUCCCAUGUACGAAAACAACACGAUGCCCAAGAAUAUUACAAUUGCGAAUAAUUGAACUCAUCUUGCAUUUUUUAUUAGGUUUUCUUUUUAUUAACCCUCUCGAUAUCUCAUAUUUUGUCAUACAAUCAUGUUUGAUUUAUGAUCUUCUCAUAUUGACCAUUUAACCAAAACCGCCAAUCCCUCCCUGUUACAAAGCAUAUCAAUACAGAAUAAUUUUCCAUGUUAUUCAAGGAAGAUAAUCGUAAUUUUCGUGAAUUUUAAGUUCUUCUCAAGACAUUCUCUUCAAAUCCUUAUUCAUAUUCACUAGUUUACGAUAUCCUGAAUCUAGUCCAUGUAUUAUGUUUGAUGUGCAUUACCUAUACCUUACUUGCCAAAGAUCACGAAGAUUUUGUGUAUUUAGAAAAAAAUCACCUUGUUACGUGUAUAUCCAUGGAGGUAGUCCAUGGUAUAACCUUGUGCAUAAUGAGUCACACUAAAUUGUGAUUAAAUGAUAUCUAAAUAUAUUUA